AGGAAAGGCACAAUUGCUAUGAAUGUUUUAGGUGCUUGUGCACCUAAUAUGGAAUUUAUUUAUGUGCUUCCGGGGUGGGAAGGAUCAGCCCAUGAUGUACGUGUCUUUCGUAAUGCUCUCUCUAGGCCAAAUGGUCUUAGGGUACCUCGAGGAAAUUAUUAUUUGGUUGAUGCGGGCUACACUAAUUGCGAUGGAUUUCUCGCUCCAUAUAGGGGGCAACGAUAUCACCUUAAAGAGUGGACAGAUAAACAACCUGAAAGUGCCGAGGAAUAUUUUAAUAUGAAACAUGCUAGGGUAAGAAAUGUGGUAGAGAGGUGUUUUGGUUUACUUAAAGGGAGAUGGAGCAUACUUAGGAGUCCCUCGUUUUUUCCUAUACGCACCCAAGGUCGUAUCGUGAUGGCUUGUUGUUUACUACAUAACUUAAUUAGAAGAGUCAUGCCUACUGAUGAUAUAGAGGAAGAAGAGUUGAGUGAAGAUUCCGAUGAUGAUUCUGAUGAUGAACCUCAAUAUAUUACAAGUGUUGCAACUUCAGAUCAGUGGACCAAUUUUAGAAACACACUAGCACAAGAUAUGUUUAAUGGGUGGAGGGCAAGAGGUAGAAGAGUUUAGCAGUCAAGAUCCUCGGUGUAGUGGGUUCAAAUUACAAGAUGUUGCUGCUGCAUCACCUCAUGUUAGAAUGCUCUUUAGUGCUAAGACCAAACUGUUAGAAUCCUGUAACUUGAUUUACAUACUUUUUUAGUGAUAUGUUUAAUUUACUUACUUUUUUAGUGAUAUGUUUAAUUUACUUACUUUUUUCUAGUACACCAUAUGAUACCUAUACUCUUGCACUCAUUAUCUUGAUAUAUGUAAAUUUUCUCCUUGAAGUUGUAUAUGAUGGGAGAAGAGGGAAGCAAUCGAGGAAGAGGUAAGAAUAAGCGUUUUUGGACCUUUGAGGAAGAUACGGUGCUCAUAAAAUAUUUACAUGAGUUAUCUCUCGAUCCUAAAUGGAAAAGUGAAAGUGGCUUCAAGAGUGGUUACAUGAAUAAGUUGGAAGAAAUGAUAAAAUAUGUGCUACCUAAUUGUGGCUUGAAAGCUGAUCCACACAUUGAGUCAAGGAUUAAGCAUUGGACAGAGAAAUAUAGUGCAAUGGCAGAGAUGUUAUCUGCUUCUGGAUUUGGAUGGGAUUCGGACAAAAAAAUGUUGCAAGUAGAGAAAACUGUAUUUGAUGAAUGGGCUAAGGUAAGUAAGCUUUUUAAUGUUCUUCAUUUUUUAUGAUUUGAGUAGUUAUUAAAUUCAUUUCAAUAAUGUUAUUGUUAUUAAGUUUGUAUUUAGAGAGGUGGCUGAUGUUAGGCUGAGAAUAAUUAGCAGGAAAUGAAUUAGUGAAUAUGAAGUUGACAUAGCUGAUUUAAGUAAGAUUGCUAGCUUAGUACUAGUAUAAAUCUGCUCUAAAGGUGAGUAUGAUGAGAAGCAGAUAUAUUAGCUGAUUUUUAUUUUAUUUUUAUGUAACAUGGAUUUUGAGGCUUUGAGCUUAUAUUUCUGUAAGGGAAUAAUCUAAAAAAGGCAGGGGAGGAGCAGAGAGUAGAAUUUCAAAUUCGGAUAAACGAGUUAGGUUCAUGUUUGAAUGAUUUACUUUAUUUUAUUGUUUUUAUGAAUGUUGUUUAUCUGGAAUAGAGUCUUAUCUAAGCAUGUAUUACUCUGGCUGAGUAUGCUGAUCUGAGUAUGCUGAGUAUGCUGUUUAUUUGGAAUAGAGUCUUAUCUGAGCUUACAUUGCAGGCUCACAAGAAAGCAAAGGGGUUGUAUGGAGUACCCUUUCCUCAUUAUGAGACACUUGCUGAAAUCUAUGCAAAAGAUAAAGCAACCGGAGAAGUUAGUGAAUCAUUUGUUGGAGCUAUUGAUAACAUGAAUGUUGAGAUUGCAAAUCAGUCUAUGACAAUACAGAGUGACGAAGACGGUUAUAUGGAUUCUCCCACUCAUUCUACCUAUUCUACUCAAUCAACAACUCAAUCCCAUAAGCGGCCAAUGAAGAAAGAGGAUGAUAAUACUCCUUCCAAAAAAGCAAAGAUGAAAGAAAUGAAGGGAAAAGGAAAGACACAUCAAAAGGUAGAUGAUGCUAAUGAGUUAGUAGCUUCUCUUCAUAAUACAUCUAAAACUUUUGGGAAAAUUUUUGAGGACAUAAAUGCAAAUCUUGGAACUAUGGCAAAUUCAUGGUCCAAAGCCGAAGAAAGGGAGCAAAAAAUGGAUGAUGAAGUGAAUAAGGUGUUAGAAGAAGUUAUGAAAUUGGAUGGUGUUUCUCCUUCGGAAUCUUUAGAGGUGGCAACAAUUCUCAUGGCUGAAUAACAUAAGCUUCGAAUCUUUUUUCAAGCUCCAACUAACUUGAAGAAACAAUAUGUUUUAGAUCUCCUUAAGAAAAAGUAGGUGGGAGUAUUGCUAAUCAUCUACAAUGUAUGGCCUCUGAAACUUUAAUUAAGGCUUAUUUUGUUCUUGAAUUUCAGAAUUUUGUAGUAUACAUUUGUUUGGUUUCCUACAAAAAGUACUUGUUAUGCUAUGAUAUAAUCAGUCUAAUAUUAUAGCUAACUUAUUUUUAUGGUAUUUUUAUGCUAUGAUAUAAUCUGUACAGUUGGUGGCUGUUUCUGGCCUGCUGUUUUCUGGUCUGGUGUUUAUGUGUUCUCAGGCUGCUGGUGUUUUUGGCUGAGUUCUGGUUUUGAUUUUGUUAUUACUUGUGUCUGUUUUUUGUGUUGCUGGGCUUAUGUUUGUUACUUGUUGUAAUUCUUUCAUUCUUUGUUAAUAAUAUUUG